CUAUAACCGCACACAACCCAUUUGUCCCAAUCUUGACGUCUUUCAGCGGCUGGAAAUCACCCCAGCAGUGCUGAACUGCCGCGUGUGGUGCGGGGAACAUGAUCAACCAUCAACUGAAGACAUGGGUCAACUUUAGUACACCAGAAGCUCGAAGCAUCAUCUACGAAAGAGCACACACGGAGUUCUCAGAUGUAACUACAGAAAUACCACCCCCGAAGCCAAUCCCUACUGGUCUUCGCAACCAUGGGGGCAGGAUAGCACCCGUUAAACCUCUGCCUCUGCCUCCUAAACUAGAUCACGCAAUUCGUUCAGUAAAAUACCUGAAGAAGACAAUCCUCGAGGAAAUGGCGAUGGCACAGGAAAUCGAGAAGGUACACAUAAAACGAGGAACACUUCAUGAAGACGGCACUCGCGAUAUAUCUAUCGUGUCUAAGGCAUAUGGCAAGACGGAUAUUACGAGUGACUUAAAUAUGCCAAUGUCCAAUUUCUGGCACUGGAGGUUGACGCCGGACUACGAGACCAAGAUUAAUAACUACCCCAAACCUCCCAUAGAAAAAAUCCUUUGGAAACCGGGAGAGAAGGAAGCUAGAAGGAAGGCUCGCGGGACUGUAGGUUCUGGUUCUGUGGUUCUACAAAAGACCAUGCAAUACGAAGAGCCAAUAGAGGAGACUAGAAAGCUGGACGUGCCUGAGGGAACCAAAGCUGACGACACAGCGAAAAGAGCUAAGGCUCCUGAUUUUCCUGCAUUCAGCCUUUAGCAACAAUUUUUACUGGGGCACGAACCAAUUUGAGCCCGUAUAUAUCCGUCCAUCUCUAACCCUGCCAUGUGCCCGAGCUUCGUAA